AUGAGAACAGAGGAAAUUGUCAUAAAGCAUAUAAACUCAUUCAAUCCGGUAGUAUCUCACUAUAAUUUAAAGCACACCCCGAAUAGACGAUUCUUGCCACCUGACUUGACCAUUAAAUACAUGUGGCAAGACUUCUGUAAUCUACAGAAAAUUUCAUAUGAUCUAUACAGAAGAAUUUUUGAAAAACAGAAUAUUGGGUUUAAAAAGCCAUCCCAAGACGAAUGCGCUCAGUGUCUAAAACAUAAAGUUCACAUUAUUCGCCAAUGCGACGCAAGUAGUUGCAAGAUUUGUUGUCAAUUCGAAAACCACAAAAAAAGUUAUACGGAAGCAAGACAGCACUAUGAAAAUGACUCCAAUCAAGAGGUAAUGCAAGAUGAGAAGGUCUAUGCUGUAGAUAUGCAGAAAGUCUUACUCUUGCCCAAAAUGUCAACCAAGGAAUCUUUUUUUGUUUCAAGGUUGGUCGUAUUCAAUGAGACGUUUGCGUCACUUCAUAAGGACGGAAAUAUUUUUGUGAUGUGGCAUGAGGCUAUAAGAGGCAGGUCCGCGACGGAUGUUGCAUCGGCAUACUACAACGUAAUAAAAAAUUCAGACAAUGUUACCAAAAAAUUUACAUUCUGGGUAGACAACUGUUCUGCUCAGAACAAGAAUUGGACACUAUAUUCUGCUUUUGCGACUUUUGUAAAUUGUGAAUGGGGUCCAGAAGAGAUCACCCUAAAAUAUUUUGAACCAGGCCAUUCAUUUAUGGCUGCGGAUUCGGAAGUCGAGUUUUUGAAAAAAAAAGUUGAUCUCAAAUUCCCUAUACAUCCUUUUGUCGAGCCACUGGGAGUGAACUCAGAAAAAAGAGAAACAAUUUUAAAAAAAUUGGUACCAUCCUUCAAAGAUGAAAGAAAGAAACUAUUUUGGCAGUUUUUGCCAUCUAAUGAUAAUUCCAAAGACUUAUGUGUGGUAUCAGAGGCUUAG